AUGUCUGGGUACAUGCGAACAAUAUUGGUCAGCUUCUCAGUGGCCGUUCUUUUAGGAUUGACCUCUCUGGGAGGUCUAAACCAUCAGCCUUUGGGCCAGGUUUCAGCCCAGGCUUCUCCAAAUAACCUCACAACUGAGCCCUCAGUUUUACCAGAAGCUGCCCUUGCCACACCGACUCCAGACACAGAGGAUAAAACGGCGCCAGGCGGUGCGAAUCGUUGCUGGGGUUACUACGACGUCAUGGGCCAGUGGGACCCACCUUUCAAUUGUAACGCAGGGAUCUAUAGCUUUUGUUGUGGCUCCUGCUUCUACCGCUUCUGCUGCCAAUUCAAAAUCCACAGUUUGGACCAGACUUCCUGUUCAAACUACGAUACACCUGUCUGGGCAAACACCGGGCGACCGGCAGCCCCCGUCACAGAGGUCCAAGAGGAACCAGACCGCGAUCGAACCCACAUGAUCGUGUAUAUUAUUUGUGGCGUGGUGGCCAUCAUGGUCCUCAUCGGAAUUUUCACCAAGUUGGGGCUGGAGAAGAGUCGAGGCGGACAAACAGACAUGACCAAUUCCAGGACUUUGACAGAGUUGCUGAAGCAGCCAGGCGAGGCAGGAGUUGUGGAUGGAACCGGAAUACACCACCCUAUAGGGACCAAUGGUAUCUCGGCUAGGGCGUUACGCUCCAACAACGAUCAUAACCAUUUGAAUAAUGCAGCCCUUUCUCCUCUGGGUCCAGCCAUGGCAUUGUCCCACCCUCAUAACAACCUGGGAAUUGGUUUCAAUAAGUACUCCUCACUCAAGGGUGUAGAGACAACGCCUAGAGACUACUACAAGAGCUACCCGAUGGUAGAUUACACCCACCGCCAGUCUCCUCCCACUUUCCAACCAAUCAACUUCCACCCAAAAGAAAAAUCCUUCCUCCCACCGCCCGACAUCCAUGCACCGCUGGCCAUUACAAUCAAUGCCUCGCAGGUGCCCAAGCCCAAGAUAUCUAAAACCAACACCCACCCGCUGACAUCAGGCUCUGCCUUCAAAGCCUGGGACCCCGCUAAGAGCCACGUUCAGCGCCCGGCUGCGUCCCACAUGGUCCUACAGGCCCCGCAGCAUCACCACACUAUCCAGCAGCAGCACCACCAACCACUGCAUCAUCAGCCCAACAGCCGACGCCAAGCCUACUCCAAUAAAAGGCAAUUCAGCAUUGAGACGCUGCCCGAGCUCUUCUCCCAGCCGCUGGGCUACAGCCACUCACCACACAUGCACCCCAAGCACAAGGGACUGCCGACCAACAGCAAGACAGAAGUCACUGUUUGA